UGGCAGCCUGGGGCGGGUAGUGCGUGUGAAAGAAGGCCGGGGGAGGAGGGGGACGCGGUCCCGUACUGGUGGCCUGGGUAGCUCCUUGGGAAACCGGAGGGAAGUGAGGUUUUUUUCCCCCCUUCCCUUCUUGCAGGGGAACUCGGAGUCCCGUCGGCGCGGAGCGAGGGCGCCCGCUCCACCGUGAGCCCCAGCUAGCACGGGAAGAACAGCUGUCCGCCCAGAAUCACCUCCAGGGAGCAGUCGAGUCCGCCGCUAGAGCGCCCGCAUGCUAGGACGCUCUGGCAGGCGCCACACGCUUCUCUGUCGUCCGGCCCGCCUUUCCGACUGUGUGGCACUGUCGCGAGCGGAGCAGUUGUGCAGGCUCCGCCAUGAUGAGCAGUGGAGGGAUCGGGGUGCCGCUAGGCUUCCCCUUGGCCCCCACGUCUGUCAUCCAGAUCACGAACCUCUCCUCGGCUGUGACCAGUGAGCAGAUGCGGACUCUCUUCAGCUUCCUGGGAGAUAUCGAGGAGCUGCGCCUCUAUCCCCCGGACAACACACCUCUUACUUUUUCUUCCAAAGUAUGUUAUAUUAAGUUUCGUGAAGCAUCAAGUGUUGGUGUGGCCCAGCAUCUAACUAACACGGUUUUUAUUGACAGAGCUUUGAUAGUUGUGCCCUGCGCAGAAGGUAAAAUCCCAGAUGAAGCCAAAGCCCUUUCUCUAUUGGCACCUGCUCCUACUAUGACAAGUCUGAUGCCCGGUGCAGGGUUGCUUCCUAUACCUACACCAACCCCUUUAAGUACACUUGGUGUUUCACUUGGCACUUUGGGGGCUAUACCAGCAGCAGCAUUGGACCCUAACAUUACAACAGUGGGAGAAAUACCACAGCCACCAAUUAUGGGGAAUGUGGACCCAUCCAAGAUUGAUGAAAUUAGAAGAACAGUCUACGUUGGAAACUUGAAUUCACAGACUACAACAGCAGAUCAGCUGCUUGAAUUCUUUAAGCAAGUUGGAGAAGUCAAAUUUGUGCGAAUGGCAGGUGAUGAGACACAACCAACACGAUUUGCUUUUGUGGAAUUUGCAGACCAAAAUUCUGUACCUCGAGCUCUUGCCUUUAAUGGAGUUAUGUUUGGAGACAGGCCACUGAAAAUAAAUCACUCCAAUAAUGCAAUAGUGAAGCCUCCUGAAAUGACACCACAAGCUGCUGCCAAGGAACUGGAAGAAGUGAUGAAGAGAGUAAGGGAAGCUCAAUCUUUCAUAUCUGCUGCUAUUGAGCCAGAGUCUGGAAAGAGCAGUGAAAGAAAAUGUGGUCGAUCUCGUUCCCAUUCUCGUUCAGAAUCCAGGUCUAGCUCAAAAUCCCAAUCUAGAAGGAAAAGAUCUCACUCAAAACACCGAAGUAGAUCUGGCAACAGAUCACUGUCAAGACAAAAGGACAGACGAAGAUCCAGAAGUCCCCUGAAAAAACGGUCUAGAUCUAGGGAAAGGUGGAGAUCAAGAAGUCGCUCUCAUUCUUGGGACAAAAAAAGAGACAAAGAAAAAGUCAAGGAAAAAGAAAAGGCCAAAGAAAACGAGAGAGACCAAGACAAAGAGAAGGAGAGAAACUGGGACAAAGAAAAGGAAAGAGAGCGAGAUAAAGAGAGACACAGGGAUAAGGACAAGGAGAAGGACCAGGAGAAAGAACGGCAUAAAGAUCGAGAGAGAGUUAGAGGCAAGGAUAGGGAUAGAGACAGGGACAAGGACAGGGAAAAGAACAAGGAGGAGAAGGAAAAAGACAGAGAAGAGGUAGACCAGAACAAGGAAAAAUAUGAUGUUAUGAAAGAGGGGGAAAAGGAUAGAGAGAAGAUUAAGGACAAGGAGGGCGAUAAGGACAGAAGGGAAAAAGGGGACAAAGAAAAGGAGAAAGAUGAGAAGAAAGAGAAGAAGGAGCAAGAAAGAGAAAAAGAGAGAGAUGAUAAAAAAAAGAAAGAGAAGAGAUCCAGAACACCCCCAAGAAGCUAUAGCUCUUCAAGAAGAUCUCGUAGCUCCAGCAGAGAAAGACGUAAAACAAAGAGUAGAAGUCUCUCCAAGUCUCCUAAAACGACCAAAAAAAAGUCUUCACAAACUCCUUCUCCGAGAAGAAACAAGAAAGAGAAAAAAAGAGAAAGAGAUACAAAUAAUGAAAGAAAAGAAAGGGAAUACUUCAAGAAAAAAAUUAGUAAAGUAAAAGAGGGAAAGGAGAGAUCUGACAAAAGCACCACUACUUUGAAGGACAAAGAUCACACUGAAGAGGAUCAGAAUUCAGAAACUGACAAGGAAGUAGGCAAUAGAGAUACAGAAAGGAUUAGUGAAGUCCAACUACAACAGAAUGGGAACUGUCGACCAAAUGACGAAAACCAUUCAAUUAAAAUGGAAGAGGUUUAAAGCAAAAAAUGGACCACUGACUCAACUAAGGGAUGAAAUAUGAAACUUUUUCUUUCCCAGAACAAGGAAGAAAAUAUCAAUGUAAUCAAUCUGAACAUGGUGAUAGUACUAGUAGCUCUUCCAAUUCUAGUAACAGUUUUGUCAAUUUCUUGCUGUAAAGCAAGAGAGUACAGACCAGUAGUUAUACCCUGAAAAGGCAGAUGACAUCAGAACUAUUCAUGUCUGAAAAUCCAUGCAUCUCCAUGAUGGCUGUACUUGUAAAAUGAUUUAUGUUAAGUUUUGCCAUUUUCUGUUACGAAUAAGUAGAAACUGAAAGAUGUAAACCUGUACUAUCAAAAAAAAAAAGCUGAAUAUAUGCAUCAAAGAUUGUUUAAAGUUCUGCUUGUUCAUGAAUUUUGUAUUGACUUACUUUUCAGGUUAAAAAUCUACAAAACCUUCAAUGUGUACUGUUUGAUGUGCUUUAAAAUGGUGCAUAAAUGUACACAUUUUCUUCUGUUAUAAAUUAAAAUUAUUUUUAAACAUAAACAGAGUUUUAUGGUUCUUAUGUUAAAUGCCCACUGACUAGCUUGUUUUUCAUUUGCUUACUUCUUGAGAUUCUUGGAUUUUAUUUUAAACAAUUUCUUACUGUUAUGCUUAAAAUAAUUAUUUCUUUUAAAGUACUUGAACAAUGCAUGAUACUUUUCUGUUCCAAAAAGGAACAUGGCUAUGUUAUAGAUAAUAGGUUAGCUUACUGGGUUAUUUCAGGGUUGUUUUGUUUUUUUGUUUAUUUUUGUCCUUCCAGAAGUAAGCACAUUUAUAUGAUAUUAUGGUAACUUACAGCUUUGUUUUGAAUAGUACGGCAGUGUGUCUGUUCAGCUGCAAAUAGUACAGGUGCCAUUAUGAAAUUUUUUUUCUUACUUGUUUAAAAAACUAUGGGAGCACAAGCAGAAGCUUUAGUGCCUUCUUAAAAUUAUGUGGUAUUUUCCAGAAAUGUUUGUGCUAUUACUUAUUUUCAGCUAAAUCUUACAUUAUUUCUAUUGCUAUUUGCCACCACAAUACUGUAGACAAGAAAGCAACUUAUUUCUCAGAAGGAUUUUUUGAUUCCCUUGUUAAAAUACUAAAACUCCAUUUUUGCUUUUUUUUUUUUUUUUUUUUUUUUUUUACUAGAAGAGAUUUAUAGGUGAAAGCAAAGAUGCAUUUCGGGUACCACCACUGUACAAAAGCAGUAGCUGAAUACAAAGCAUUUUCUGAUCACCUGCAUCAAAGACAGUCCUUCAGACAUUUAAUCUACAUUUGGAUGGCCUUAAUUGUUACCUCUCCAUUGUCAUCUCUGAUACCUGUUGGGUGAUAAAUAAGGAAUCAGAUGCAAAGCUGAGAUGAUAAAUAAUUUUGGAAAAUGUUCUAAUUUACACAGGAGUUAUACAGUAGAGAUUCUUUUUUUCAUUCUUUAAAGAAAAAACAUGUAAGAAGAGAAUGACAAACCAAAUAUUUUUGUCAAGCUAAACCACUGAGUACUUGAGUACCUUGAGUACUGUGUCCAGUUCUGGGCCCCUCAGUUUAGGAAGGAUGCUGAGACGCUUAAGCACAUCCAGAGGAGGGCAACGAGGCAGAUGAAGGGCUUGGAACACAAGCCCU